AUGGAAGAAGUAUUAGAAACCCAACCACUCAGUUCUCAAACUGUAACGGUCGAUUUCGGUGAAACUGAACAGCCUUCACCGUACGGACAAUUGGUGGGUAAACCUUCACUGUUCGGCACGAUUGAUCUGUGCCGUGGAAAAUUCACCGUUGGACGAGGACCUGGAUGCGAUCUGGCAAUAGAUGCGAAAAAACUACCAACGUGCAUUCUAUUGCAAAUCUCGAAUGUUCAUUUCGUACUGGAGAAGGAUCUCGAAGAUCCAUUUAGUCCUGCGUAUAUUAUCGACCAUUCAACCAACGGAACACGCGUGAAUGGAAAUCCGCUUGGGAAACAUAACCGCUGGAUCCUAAUGGAUGGUGAUACCAUCUCGAUCGCAGCCUGUAACAAUCUGUUUCUGUACCGCGCGCUCCAUUACACCGUGCCGAAGGAUAUCGAGUCGGAAACGUUGAGGAAACGGUAUCAUAUUGGACGAACGCUUGGAUCGGGAUCGUUUGGGACGGUUUAUCUGCUGCAUGACACCAUAACCUGCCAGCCUUAUGCGUUGAAGAUCGUGAAAAAGUUACAGAUCAGUGUGCAACCGUACUGCAGAUCGAGUUUCAUGAAUGAAGCAAAUAUUAUGAACAGCUUGAGUCAUCCUUGUGUCAUUCAAAUGUACGAGUUUUUCAACGAACCAAACUCGUUCUGUAUGCUGCUGGAGUACAUGGAAGGUGGUGAUUUGCUGACGCGCAUUCUAGACAACAAUUGCCUGGAAGAAAAUAUUGCCAAAUUCUUCUUCUACCAGCUAUGCAGUGCUAUCGCCUAUCUGCACGAGCAGGGGAUCAUCCAUCGAGACUUAAAGCCGGACAAUAUCCUAUUAAAGGACAGCAAUGUGUACACACUGCUGAAGGUGUCUGACUUUGGUUCGAGCAAGUUUCUGGACAACACCAUGUACAUGCGUACCGUCUGCGGAACACCGGAGUACAUUGCACCGGAGGUGCUGGAACAGGGCAACCACAAAAUGUACACCAACAAGGUUGACAUCUGGAGUCUCGGUGUGAUACUGUACACGAUGCUCAGCGGCUACCUGCCCUUUGACGUCACGGGCAUUGAUCAGAUCACGCGCGGUGACUUCACUAUGUCACAGCCCGUCUGGCGGAACGUGCAAUCUUGCCGCGUGAAGAAGCUAAUUUAUGACAUUUUAAACAUUAAUCCAUGCCAGCGACCAUCGGCAAAAACGUUGCUUCAGAGCAAAUGGUUUCACAACUCGGAAGAUGUGCGACGUGCGGGGCAUAUGAUGAACCUUCCAGUUAUGUCCUUCGAUGACUUGCCUUAA